ACAAUUGUAGUCAUCCACUCCGUUGAUCCCUUGAUCCCGGAAUCAAUCUUUGCUUUACUCCCCGUAGUAGCAGUCGUCUGGCCCGACAUCCCGGGUCAAGAAUCAGGAAACGGCCUCGCCUACAUCCUUUACGGGACUUCAAGCCCCAGCGGCAAACUGCCUUUCACGAUCGCGAAGCAGAGGAGUGAUUACGGAACUGCUGUCAAGGACGGCAAUGAUCAAUAUCCUGAGGGACUGUUCAUUGAUUAUCGACAUUUCGAUAAAAACUCAAUUGUCCCGAGAUAUGAAUUCGGCUUCGGGUUGUCCCACACUACGUUUGCGUAUUCAAACUUGAGUAUCUCAAACUUAAGCACCGCAGCUCCAAGCAAGGGCUUGGCGCCAGGAGGACUGAAGGCCCUUUAUAAUAUCGCCGCUACAGUCUCUGCAACGAUUACUAACAACGGCACUGUGGAAGGGAAGGAGGUUGCGCAGCUAUGCAUAAGCUUGCCAAGUUCGGCGCCAGAGAGUCCGCCGAAGCAACUUAGAGGUUUCAGUAAGUUGAACUUGAAUGGAAAGGCUACGGUUGACGUGAGGAGGGAGGAUCUGAGUUUUUGGGAUGUGGGGAGUAGGAGUUGGGUCUUGCGGAAGGGGAAUUUUGAGGUCGCGGUUGGGGCGAGACCGAGGGAUGAGAGGCCGAUUGGAACAGUUGAAAGUUAG